ACUGUUUACAGGAAACAUGGCCUCCCGGUCUGUUGGAGAGCUUCAGGAGAUGGAAGUGGACCGAAGGGGUGAGUCUGAGGAGUCUGGUGAUGAUGAGACCAGAAGGAGGAGUAUCAAUGGAGACGUGGACCCCAAUCAGCCUGCUGCCACAAGUAAAGAAGAGUCUCCUGUUGACAUGGACACCAUAACCUUGGAUCCAGAGGAAGAGGAUGUUGAUCUUGUUCAUUGUCGUAUUGGAAAAAUUGAAGGAUUGGAGGUGCUACAGAAGGCUAAAACACUCUCCUUACGACAGAAUCUCAUCAAAAAGAUAGAAAACCUCGACAGUUUGAGCUCACUGCGGGAACUAGAUCUUUAUGACAAUCAGAUCCGCAAGCUGGAGAACCUGCACUGCCUCACAGAGAUGGAGCAGCUCGACGUGUCCUUCAAUCUGCUGCGGAAGGUGGAGGGUUUGGAGCAGAUGACUCGGCUGAAGAAACUUUUUCUGCUUCACAACAAAAUUAGCAGCAUUGCCAACCUGGAACACCUCACGAACCUGGACAUGUUGGAGCUGGGCUCCAAUCGCAUCCGGGUCAUGGAGAACCUGGAUACACUGUCAACUUUGCAAAGUUUGUUUCUUGGCACCAAUAAAAUAACUAAGCUUCAGAAUCUGGAGGGUUUACACAAUCUGACUGUUUUAAGCAUUCAGAGUAACCGCAUCACUAAAAUUGAGGGUCUACAGAAUCUUGUCAACCUGAAAGAGCUCUAUCUGAGCCACAAUGGCAUUGAGGUCAUUGAGGGCUUGGAAAACAACAAAAAGCUCACAACCCUGGACAUCGCAGCCAAUCGAGUAAAGAAAAUUGAAAACAUCAGCCAUCUGACGGACCUGCAGGAGUUCUGGAUGAAUGAUAACCAGAUAGAUAACUGGUCAGAUCUCGAUGAGUUGAAGAAUGCCAAGUCUCUGGAGACGGUCUACCUUGAAAGAAACCCUCUACAGAAGGAUCCACAGUACCGGCGAAAGAUCAUGCUGGCGCUGCCCAGCGUACGCCAGAUCGACGCUACCUUCAUCCGCUUCUAAACUGCAGUUUAAAAAUUCACCUGCCGACUUCACAGUGUUCUCCCUCACCGCCCUGCCGGCCCAACUCACAGAACAAACUUCAUUUUGAAACACAUUGGCGCCACUGGAUCAUAUAGUCACUCCGUACACAGAGACACAUUCCAACAUAAACUCUCACCCAUCUCUCACUCAACAUACAUGUAUGCAUGUAUGCACUCAUUCACACCUUGAUCUAUGCUACUGUGUGGAAGCUUAUGUAUUUAUUAAGCUGGAUAUGAACUGUGAAGGAUUUUAAAAAAGUACCCUGCACCCAUUUCCUCAUUUUUCUUCUGCACUUAUUUUUCUUUUAUUGUUUUGCAUGUUGGAUACAGAAUGGAGGCUCUUUCCUCAAUCAUUCAGUGCCAGUCAGGAAAAUAAGAUAUCAGUCUUAUUUAUCACGUUGUUGAAGUUGCACUGCUAUCAUAUGAGUGGAGAGGGUGGCAUUCUUACUAUUUGAAGCAUUUUUAUUAUUCCUUAUGGUUGGAUAGGAUGAGACUGUUCUCACGGGGUACACAGAGGGUAAAAGAAUAACCGAACAUCAAAUAUGAAGGGAAAGUCCGUAAUAAAAAACAAUUUACGUAUCUUAAUCUUCAGAAUAGCUUCUCAUUUGGUUUUCCCACAUUUAAAAACUGUCCUGAAUAAGAUGCCAAACUUAACAGCCACAGAAACGUCUUAACACGAAGAUGUGCACAUUGUUGCGACAGACCAAUAUUCUGAAGCCCUGUUGGUCCAAAAAAGGUCCCAGUUUACCAAAAGCCCAUUUUUCCGACAGCCUGUUAUCCCCUAAACAAACACUCAUUGCUCUGGAGUCCCUCCAGGCUUCUUCAAAAAUACCUUCUGCAGUGAGAAAACUCACAGCCAGAAAAAAUGUUUGCAUUGUACAUUUCUGUAAAACCACAGAUGCAUUAUUGUGGUGAUUGUGUGGCUAGAUUUAGGCACAAAAACCACUUAAUUAUGGUUAGGAAAAGAUCAUCCUUUGGUUAAACACCCACCCUUGGUGGCAUAAAAGCUUGGUGAAAAACACCUGGGUUUGGGGGCUGAAACGCCACUGAGAAACCUCGCAAGGGGUCUGUCAAAACACUUGUGAUCAGUGUGGCUCACAUGCUGCUGGGAACUGGAACUAGCUGCAGGGAGUGUGUAUUUUCAGAAAAAACAGGACUUCAGAGCGAAAGGUGUUUGUUUUUAGGAUAAUGGGCUGUUGGAGAAAUGGGCUUUCAGUACAAUGGGACAUUUUUCGCACUAACGGGGCUUUGUAAUUUUUGGCUGUCAUAAUAAUGGCAGGCACCACAGUGACACCAUGCAGAUUACAGUCAGUUCAGUGAACCUGCUCACUUCUGUCUUUUUAAGGAAAACAGCAGAAACUGCUGAAUAAUUUUAAUAAACUGGUAUCAUUACUGAUGAGGGGCAAAUCCUGAUGUCCAGCAGCCUUGUCUAUGCCUUGUCUAGAUAUUUUACAGCUUAUUUUCUGAUUAAUAGGAGUGACAUCUGCAGUUAAAAAAAAAAAAAGCUCACGAGAAUGUGGAAAUAAUUUAAUGUGUCCAUAAAGAUGGUUUUGUAAUCAGUGGUACGUCACUGAUUACAGCUUUAGUUCUCUUUUUACUUUGGUAAAAACUGUCGAUACAUCAUUACAUUAUUUGAUCUAAUUACAGUUAAAUGUGGAUUUUUUUUAAAAUGAAUUUACUUAAUAAUGGCAGGACUGGUCUCAUGUAAGUGUUGUUAACUAAUGUAAGAUAACGUAAUUAAUGCUGUUAACAAUUUUUAAACAUAUUUUGAGGUUUAAAAUUUUCAGAUGUGUAAAGACACUCCAGUGACACAUUCUGUAAUAUUUUUAUUUGGCCUUCAGUGUCGCUUAAAAAUAGAUAAUCCUGUGUAUUUAUGUUUGCCAUAGGAUUUCUUAUAUCAAGCACUAAUAUGAACAAACACCGAGGGACCGAUUCUUAUGCUCCUCUGUAUAUAAUGCUUGAAUGCACUUGAUUUACUCCCGGGUUACAAUUUAAAAAGUGAUGCAUCUUUUAUAUGAGGGUAAUUUCCUUCCACCUCAGGACUAAAAGGUCACAUUUGGAUGCAGCACAGGCGCAUCAGAUUACAAUGCACUGCUGAGUUUACAUGGAGAGCGCUAAACUAAGUGCUCUCGGUGCAACAUAAGAUACUGACCAUUAUCACCUAAUUCCUUUUAUCUGGGUCCAAAGUACGCCCUCAAACUGUUAAAGAGGCCUGAGUUAAUACUUUAUCUCCCUUUUGUAGGCAAGAAAAUAACAGCAUCAUAUGCUGGUUUCUAUUGUAGGUGUCUUUAGAUGACAAUUUGCUCUCUUUGAGAGGAACUGAGUCAUCAUAAAUCAGAUUAUUUGUAGUGAUUUUGACCAUAAGUCGACUGUAGAGCAUUUCUGAGCCCAUUAUCAGACUAUCAGCAAAACUGAAGGACAUUAUACAUUAUUGAAAUGAAUGUUAUUUUCUAUUAGCUUUAACUAUAAUUACUUUAAAAUUGGCCAGUGGGAUUGCAAGUGUCACUUUGUGUAUUUGUAAAUACAGUUUGGACAUCUCAUGAUGUAGAAAGUCAGUGCCAUCACACCUUCCCUUUGUAAAGUUUUUUUUGUUUUGUUAAUGCCAGGCAGCACAGCAGAUUUGUGUGAGAUACCGUAAU